UUCCCACGCCCCAGUGCGCUGUGGGAUAGUGGCACUAUAAAGUAUAUCCUCUCUCGGAGAAAGAUAAGAAGCCCGAGACAGGAGGGGGAUGAAGAUGGCGGACGCCAAGCAGAAGAGGAAUGAGCAGUUAAAGCGCUGGCUGGGCUCGGAAACGGACCAGGAGCCUCCUGUUCUGAAAAAGAAGAAGACGAAGGUGAAGUUCGAUGAUGGCGCCGUGUUUCUGGCUGCCUGCUCAAGCGGCGAUACCGAGGAGGUGCUCCGAAUGCUUGACCGGGGCGCUGACAUCAACUACGCCAAUGUAGACGGUCUCACCGCCCUCCACCAGGCAUGCAUCGAUGACAAUGUUGACAUGGUGACUUUCCUGGUGGAGCACGGAGCUGCCAUCAACCAGCCUGACAAUGAAGGCUGGAUCCCCCUCCACGCUGCAGCCUCCUGUGGAUACCUGGACAUAGCAGAGUAUCUCAUCAGCCAGGGUGCCAGUGUAGGAGUUGUGAACAGUGAGGGUGAGACUCCGCUGGACAUCGCAGAAGAGGAGGCGAUGGAGGAGCUCCUUCAGAAUGAGAUCAACAAACAAGGGGUGGAUAUCGAGGCAGCCCGUAAAGAGGAGGAGCGGAUCAUGCUGAGGGACGCCCGGCAGUGGCUCAACAGCGGCCAGAUCCAAGACAGCCGGCACACCAAGUCCGGAGGCACGGCGCUCCACGUUGCUGCCGCGAAAGGAUACGUAGAGGUUUUAAAGCUUUUAAUCCAAACAGGGUAUGAUGUAAAUAUUAAGGACUUUGAUGGCUGGACGCCUCUCCAUGCAUCAGCACACUGGGGCAAAGAGGAGGCAUGUCGGAUACUGGUGGAGAACCUCUGUGACAUGGACCUCAUUAAUAAAAUGGGUCAGACUGCUUUCGAUGUCGCAGACGAAGAUGUAUUGGGAUACUUAGAGGAACUACAGAAGAAACAAAAUCUGCUGAUAGGUGACAAGAAGGACGUUAAGAAAUCUCCUCUGAUUGAAACAAAAACCCCUGAGGAUAACAACCAAUCACUGAAACCGAUCAAGAGCAAAGAAACGCUGCUUCUGGAGCCAGAAAAGAGCGCCCUACGCAUCGAGACCUUAGAACCAGAGAAGGUGGAUGAAGUAGAGGAGGGGAAGAAGGACGAAUCGAGCUGCUCCAGAGAAGAGGACGACGAAGAUUCAGAGUCGGAGACUGAAGCAGAGAAGAGCACGCCUGCAGCAUCGGUGAGCAACAGCACGACGCCCGCCCCGGCCAACGUCACCGUGUCGCCUCCAACCAGCCCAACCAACCAGGUGACAACCCCCCCCUCACAGGUGAACAAGGCCCCUCCCCCUGUCGGAAAGGUCUCAUCCAAGGUGGUGGAGGACGACAGAAAGGACGAGUCUCCCGCUUCGUGGCGGCUGGGUUUGAGGAAGACCGGCAGCUACGGGGCGCUGGCAGAAAUCACGGCCACCAAGGAGGCUCAGAGGGAGAAGGACACGAGCGGGGUGAUGCGCUCUGCCUCCAGCCCCCGCCUCUCCUCUUCUCUGGACAACAAAGACAAAGAGAAGGAAAAGGAUAAAGGAACUCGGCUUGCCUACGUUGCCCCUACCAUCCCCAGGAGACUGGCCAGUACUUCAGACAUCGACGAGAAGGAGAACAGGGACUCUACUGCUCUGAUACGUAGUGGCUCAUACACCCGGCGACGCUGGGAUGACGACCUGAAGAACAGCGAAGGAAGCGCCUCCACCAACCGAACCCCCAGCUACCAGCGCAGCACGUCCCACACGCUAGCACUAGGGCGGAGCGGCAGCACGCGGGACGUGCCAGCCAAGUCUUCGUCCACCUCCAGCUUGGACCCUAACACCUGUAACACUAAACCCUGGCAGCCACCCACCUCCCACUACCAGUCUUACAGCAUUUACCGCAGCGGCUCCUUCGGCAGGAGGCACGAAGACUUGGGUUCCUCGACCACCACCUCUCCCACUUCGACCACCACCACCUCCACCUCUGUUACCUCGCCCACAGGCCAUCGCGGACUGCUCUCCACCCUGGGCUCCUUGUCCACCCGCACUGGCUCCACCAGUCUCACCAGCAGGUACUGGUCAGAGGCGAGUGCAGACAGGGAGAAGGAGAAGGAGUCUGCCGCCGUCAUCCCUACUAUAAACACUGGCUCCACGACCACCACGUCCUCCACCACCACCACCACCACCACUGGCAUUGUCACUGGCUCUGAAAGACGCAGGUCAUACCUGACGCCAGUGCGAGACGAGGAGUCAGAGUCUCAGAGGAAAGCUCGCUCUAGACAGGCUCGACAGUCGAGGAGGUCCACCCAGGGUGUGACUCUGACUGACCUGCAAGAAGCUGAGAAAACAAUCGGCAGGAGUCGUCCCCCAAAGACCCGAGAGGAGGAGAAGGAAGAGAAAGAGAAGCAGGACAAGGAGAAGCAGGAGGAGAAAAAGGAGAUGGAGACAAAGGAAGACGAUUACCGAUCGAAGUACCGCAGCCUCGAAGAGCGCUACCGGCCUUCGUCUUCCUCCUCUACCUCCGCCAUUUCCUCGGUCAGCACUGCAUCCACCCCGUACUCUAGCACCGGCCUGUCCUACAGCUCCAGCUCCCUCAACAGGCCAAACAGUCUGACGGGGAUCACCUCCUCCUACAGCCGCUCCUCCAGAGACACAGAAAAAGAAAUGGACAAAAGGGAGGAGGAGAAGGAGGGAGAGGACAAGUCUCAGCCUCGCUCCAUACGGGAUCGCAGGCGGCCCCGUGAGAAGAGACGCUCCACCGGGGUCUCCUUCUGGACCCAAGAGGGGGAUGACCCUGACCAGCAGUCCGACUCAGAGGAGGGCAGCAUCAAGGGAGAGACACAGAGUGACCGAUUGUCCAGGAACGAGAGCAGCACUUCAACCUUAGAUCGCAACGACAGUCUUUAUAGCCGCGGCUAUGGAGAGAGUCGGAGGACAUACUCAAGUCGACUGGACAGAGACGACUCCACUGACUACAAGAAGCUCUACGAGCAGAUCUUAGCUGAGAACGAGAAGUUGAAGGCCCAGUUACGUGACACAGACCUGGAGCUGGCAGACUUAAAGCUACAACUAGAGAAGGCCACACAGAGGCAGGAACGCUAUGCCGACCGAUCACAGCUUGAGAUGGAGAAAAGGGAAAGAAGAGCUCUAGAAAGGAAGAUUUCUGAGAUGGAGGAGGAACUUAAGACGCUCCCAGACUUGAAAGCAGACAACCAGAGACUAAAGGACGAGAACGGAGCGCUCAUUCGAGUCAUUAGCAAGCUUUCCAAGUAGAGCAGACUCCCACCCCUGCCCCCGGUCCUCUGCACCCCACCCCCCACCCCCUAGUCCCCCAUGGCAGUGACUAAUGGAAUUGCACAUUUAGAUAUUAAUUGCAACAGACAUCAGAGACAAGACUCCUUUUUUUUUUUAUUUUAUCUCCUCGCAGCUCUCCAUUUUGCUCCUCCACUACCACCACCGCUGCAGCAUCCAUCCAUCCAUCCAUCAUCCACCUCCUUCACUAUUACCGAUAGAACCACUGAGUUUACAGAGCAAACGGAGUUGUGUGAUCAGCAUGUAAAAGCAUUGUGGGCGGGGAAGCCUGAAAACUAUUUAACCAAUAAGCCUUAGUUGUACAUAAAGAGAAAAAAACACUCGCAGCAAUCUCUUCUCUCUUUUUUCUCUCUCGCGCUCUCUCUCUCUCUCGCUGAACAGAUAUUAUCCAACACCUGAUUUUAUUUGUGCCACUCUCUCUCUCUCUCUGAUGUAAUUAUUUUUUCUUUGUGUUUCCUCUCCCUGUGUUAGUGUUGUGUGCUGUGCAGUUUCUCCCCCCCCCCCUUCCUUUUGAAACCCCUCAAAGUGCCACUUCAACCACCCUCAUUUUUCCAUUUUUACCCCCCCACACAUCACCAAUGCACACCCAUUUUUUGUUACCUCUGCGUGUCUUCCUCCAAGAGGGAAAAAUGUUGAAUUCUCGCUCUAGCGAAACGAGGCGGACCUGGUGGAAUUUAAGCUUUCACUGUAUGUGCAAUAUGCAUUUCUCUCUCUCUUUUUUUUUUUAAUGCUUUAAUGAUGAGUCCAUCACAAGUAGGAUUUUCACUCUUCCACCGCUUCCAUCGCUCACCUUCCUCCUCUUUUUUUUGUUUUAAGUUUGUAGUGUAGUCAGUUUAUACUCUGUAUUCUCACUUUGUUUUAGCAGGUACUGAGUGACGCUGUAUAUACCUGUAUGUAUUUGUUUGAGAGCAGCACAUGGCAUGCGUUUAUGGUUCCCGUCUGUUACUAUUAAAAGUAUACAAAUUCCAGAGGACAAAGAGGUGUGUUUUAAUUAUUUUAAAGACAUUGGAUACAGUUCAGUAGAGCCUCGGCUGGCAGUGUUCAGUGAUUUUUUUUUUUUUCCUUUCCAGUUUAAAAUAAGUGUUCACAUGAAUUGUGAGAUUUAAAACAAGUAAUCGCUUCACUACAUUUCACUUUCAUUGUAUUCAGUAUCUUGGAAGAGUGCUGUUAAUUUUGUUUCCUUUUUUUUUCUUUUUUUUUAAAGCUGUAGUAUUAUAGCCAAGGUGUUGUCACUAAAAAAAAGAAUAUCUUAGGUAUCGCUAACCCAGUUUUACAAAUGUCUACAUGCACUGUCAAUGCCAUGUGAGGAGUCUUUAUGUCAGGUUUAAGCAAACGCCACCAUGAAUAUUCCAUGCAUCUGAAACAUUUUAUGCAUUUCAGUGGCCUUUUAAGGAUAUUUUAGUAAAAGAAGUUUUAAAAACAAAAGUCAAUGCAGGCGGACUGAUGACAGUCUGCUCUGGUUUAGACUUUUUGUUUUGUUUUUUCUUAUUAUUUUUUUCCCGUCAUCUUGUAAAAUAGGUGUGUGGCUUAAUACAUGCAAGCUGUGCUGUGACUACCAACCACUGAAGAGUUCAUUAAAAAUAAACUUGUACAUUGUAAAGUU